AUGGGCAAGCAGCGCAAAACAGGCCCAACAAAGCUGAGUUGCCCUAACCCUUAUGCGGCAUCAGCGAGGAACAAAAUUCGUCUCUCCUCUUCCUUGGACAGCGUCUUUUGCGAUUCUUCUCAUCAUCUCAAAUCGCAAGGCUUCGUGAUUUAUCACCUUCAUUCACUCCUCCACUACGUCGACAGCCUUUGUUCGAGACGGUCACCAAGGUCGAUUUCUCCUCGAGGCUGUUCAAGCUCUUCACCGAUUCAAGGAUGUGAACUUGAUUCAGAAGAUAGAAAAUCACCAUGGAUGAGCCUCAAAAUGACAUAUGAUAAGUUAUUCAUACAAAAGUGGUUGAGUUCUGGAAACAGAACAUGUCCCAAGACACAACAAGUUCUGUCUCACACAAGCUUAACUCCAAAUCUAUUAAUCAGUGAUAUGAUCUCAAAAUGGUCCAAGACGGUUGGGGUAGAGAAGUUGAACCAAUGUGAGUCCAACCUUGCAGCUGUUUACUUCUAA